AUGCCUGCCCUGGAACCAGUGGAAUAUACACCCACCCCCGUCCCCAUCACCCUGAAGGAUAUGAUACUCGAGCCCAACAACACCGAAGAACGAGCACCCAGAGGCCUCAUCUCCAAGCCCUCCGACCUCUCGAGUGCCGAGACGUCCACGGCCCACGACAUUCUAGUAAAGUGGUGCUCCCAUCAUAGAGGCCGCUCCGAGCCUCUCGUCAUGACUGUCAACAUGUAUCGGUCAUUCUGGGAGGCUGUUUUCCGAGUGGGCGUCAUCAGUACUCCCCUCUUCGAUAUACGCAUGAAGAACUCUGGUCAAGAUGACCUGAUCCGGUCCACAAACUCCGACCAAGAUCAAACCCCCGCCUACCUAGGCAUAACCCUCAACCGUGAGGAUCGCACUGUCUCUUAUUACUGCAAGGGCAACAAAAGAGGGAAGAUGAGUGUCUCCAUGAUUGAUUUCACUCGGUUUGAGGAUAAGGCUAGCGCUUAUAACGCUUGCGUCGCCCAUUAUGAUAAGUCCGAGAUUAAACGCGUCGAGACCUACAAUCGCCUAUACCUCCUGACUCUGGCACGGCGCCGCGUUGUUCAUUUCUCCAAGAUGGGUACCCAGCAUGGUCCCAUAAUUCCCAAGGAGGAUUGGCCCACCAAGAUGAAGACCGUUGUCCUGGCUAGCACGAUCGUGGACGAAAUGAACACGCUCACCAAUACCGUUGCUGCGCGUGGUUGGCAGGUUCUCCCCAUUGAAGAUCAUUAUUGA